AUGGGGAAUUGCCAGGCAGCGGAUGCGGCAGCGGUGGUGAUCCAGUACCCGGGCGGGAAAGUGGAGAGGCUACACUGGCCGACGACCGCUGCCAAUGUCAUGAAGAGCAACCCAGGGUACCACGUGGCCCUCGUAACCCUCGACGUCCCGCCAAAUGAGAGACACGAUGGCGGCGUUGGGAUCCGGAUUACCCGGGUGAAGUUGCUCAAGCCCAAGGAAAUGCUUCUGCUCGGCCAAGUUUACCGGCUGAUCGCCUCUCAAGAAGUCGCAAAAGCUCUGAGGCGAAGGCAAUAUGAGAAGCUGAAGAAAAGCCAGAAAGAAAUGAUUAUGAAACAGAAACAGCAGCAGAAGCAGAACGGAGAUGAAACACAGGAGGAUGCAGAAAGAAGACAUGAGGUAACAAGACAAGAACAAGAUCCACUGAAGAACACACAGACGACAAUGAGAGGCAGACAAUGGCGUCCUUCGCUCCAGAGCAUCUCAGAAAUGUCAGGCUAGUUGUGCAAUAGUUUACAAAACAUAAAAUGAAAUCUUGACAGAAUUCAAAGAUAGAUCUCAACCAUUAACUAAUCUUGUGUGUCUGAUGUGUUCAUGAAUAGUUUAAUGUAUACCAUGAAAAUUUGAGAUACAGGGUAACGUUGCCAGAGGAAAACCAGCCUGUAAAGAUAGAUUUCCAAUAACGGUUGAUGCAUGUAUUCCCCAGAUUGAUUUCAACAGGGAAAACAUAUGUAAUCAUAAACUAGAAUUGACGGAGAAUGAAUUUGGGGUUUUUCAAUCCUGUAGUCAGAACAAUUUUACAAUUACAACAUCCUUAUUCAGUUAUCAGUAGAACCAAAAAAAAAAUCAUGUGAAUGCUCAAUGAUCAAUAGGCUGUUGGAAAUUC